AUGUCGACAGCACAUCCAGGCCUUCCGUGGUCGUCCUUCCCGAUUGCAUCCGGACACAGGAAUGGCACGUUCUCCGGCGGCAAAGAUGGAGGCGGGAAGGACGGCAAUGGCGGAGAGACGCUCCAGGAAUGGUCUUCGCUCAUUGGCAUUGUGACAGCCAUCGUUGGCAACAUGCUGAUCGCUCUAGCUCUCAACGUACAGCGAUACGCCCACACCCGACUUCACAAGCAGCGCAUCUCGGUUCGAAGACGAGCGAAGGCUGCGAUGAGACGGGCUCAGAACGGCAGCCACUCAAGAUCAUAUGGCACCGUGGAUGGGGAUGGCAAUGGCGUGGCGAAUGGCACCUACAAGGACGAUGAUCACGGCGGGCAGUCAGGCUAUCACGACAAUGAUAGCGCCGUCGGAGAUAGCCACGAGACGGACCCGUUGAAUGCCUCGACUCACUCCACGAUAUCGACCGAGGAGACUCCAGGCGAAGAUGACGAGCAGCCCAAGGAGACGUCGACGUACCUCAAAUCUCCCUACUGGUGGCUGGGCCAGGUUCUGAUCACCUUGGGCGAAAUGGGAAAUUUCUUGGCAUAUGGAUUUGCGCCCGCAUCAAUUGUCUCUCCACUGGGUGUUGUUGCAUUGGUCUCAAAUUGCCUGAUCGCCCCCCUCAUGUUCCAUGAGAAAUUUCGUCAGCGCGACUUCUUGGGGGUUGUUGUAGCUGUCGGUGGCGUAGUCACCGUCGUGCUAAGCGCCAAUACCGAAGAAACCAAGCUCAAGCCCGACGAUGUCUGGGACGCCAUCACGAGCCUACCCUUUGAGAUAUAUCUUUCCGUAACAGUGGCCCUCAUCAUAUUGCUCAUGUGGGCAAGCCCGAAGUAUGGGAGACAGACUAUCCUCAUCGACCUGGGGCUUGUCGGUCUUUUCGGAGGCUAUACUGCACUGGCUACAAAGGGUGUCUCAUCAAUGCUGUCUUCUACAUUAUGGAGAGCAUUCACGACGCCAGUCACCUACGCCCUGAUUCUCAUCCUCCUCGGAACUGCCAUCAUGCAGAUUCGUUACGUCAAUAAGUCUUUGCAACGAUUUGAUUCAACCCAAGUCAUCCCAAUUCAGUUCGUCAUGUUCACUCUAUGUGUCAUUGUGGGGAGUGCUGUAUUAUAUCGUGAUUUCGAGAAAACCACAAGGGAGCAGGCAGGCAAAUUCAUCGGCGGGUGUCUUCUCACGUUCUUCGGUGUGUUUCUUAUCACAAGCGGGCGAGAGCCCGCUCAUGACGACGAGGAUUGUCUGUCAGAAGUCGACGGUGUGGAAGAGACUAUUGGUCUCGAAAACCAGGAUGGAAACCACGAGUCUGUGCCUCGCACACCGGACACUCCCGGUUCAACGACUGCUACGCGAACUCGUCGGCCGAGUGAGCAGUCACGGGCCAACUACUUCGACAAUCCAAAUGUCGAGUUGCCCCACGAGGAGAGACCAAUGCUCCUAGACCUGGAUCACAGUGAUGCGGACAUCCCUCACAUUACAUCAGGGUCGCUGGAGGGGGAUACCGGUUCAACGCUGUUCAACCCCUGGACCGGCGCACCUUCAACGCCUCCUCGCAGGGGAAUCAGAACUCUAUCAGCAGAUUCUGUUCUGAGGGGCCCUACAGGAAUUUCCUCACCCAACCGGUCGCACCCUACGACUCCAAACCGAGAUGAUCGGCUCAUCAUGGGUUUGCAUGCAGAGCCGGGCCUGACACCCCAAAACCGAGCGAGCACCUACGCACCAGGCCACAAGAAGAAUCGCUCAGGGACGUUCAUAUCCCCAUCACCCCUCGCGUCCACCGUGACCACCGUGAUGAAGGAUGGUCUGCUCUACCGGGACGACGACGCCGCCGCUCCCACAUACAAGUCUUCCAUGCGGCAGCUCCGGUCGAGAAUCCGAGCCAGCCUCUUUUUUAACGAGGAUGAGGGAGGGCCUGUGCUGGAGGGCAUAGGGCACGCCUCCGAAGGUGACCUGGUGGCGGGGGUUCCCGGCUUCCAACCAUAUCGCGACAACGAGGACGGGGAGCACGAUGACCGGGACCACGACAACCUCAUCCAGCACAACCAACAGCACUCGCGCACGAGGUCCCGCAGCGUCAGCGACGCGAUAGGCGACUUCUUCCGACCGAAGAGAAAGAAGCGGAAAUCUGACGCGAACGCUGACGUUGAGCGUGGAGAUUACUUUGAUACACCGGCAGGUCCGACAAACUAG